ACUAUUCCUCCGGACCAGCAGCGUCUCAUCUUCGCCGGAAAGCAGUUGGAAGACGGCCGCACUCUCGCCGACUACAACAUCCAGAAGGAAUCAACUCUCCAUCUGGUCCUCCGUCUUCGCGGUGGCGCAAAGAAGCGUAAGAAGAAGACCUACACCAAGCCUAAGAAGAUCAAGCAUAAGCACAGGAAGGUGAAGCUUGCGGUUCUCCAGUUCUACAAGGUUGAUGAUUCUGGAAAGGUGCAGAGGCUGAGGAAGGAGUGCCCUAAUGCGGAGUGUGGUGCAGGGACUUUCAUGGCGAAUCAUUUUGAUCGUCAUUACUAUGGUAAGUGUGGGCUUACCUAUGUUUACCAGAAGGUUGAAGCUUGAGUUUUGAAUUUCUAGUGUUUUGAUUUGUUUUUGUUGAACUUUUGAAUGUUGCGGAUUUAAUUUAAUAGCUUUAUUUUCAGACUUUUAUUAUGUUGCUUAGUUGAUUCAAUAUAAAUCAGAUUUUGUUCUGUUUUGUAUUAUGAUUUGUGUUAUUUAGUGCCAUCGGUUAUACUCUAA